CCCCGGCGCGGUGCCGCGCGGCGCGGCGGCGAGCGCGCCAUGGGGCUGCCGGAGCGGCUGCGCAAGGAGUGGUUCAUCCUGGGGAUCGUGCUGGUCAUCGCGGUGGCGCGGCUGGAGCCCGCCGUCGGCGUGAAAGGCGGACCCUUGAAACCAGAAAUUACCAUAACUUACAUUGCUGUUUCAGCUAUAUUCUUUAACAGUGGACUGUCAUUAAAAACUGAGGAGCUGACAAGUGCUUUGAUGCAUGUGAAACUACACCUUUUUGUCCAGAUUUUUACACUUGUGUUCUUCCCAACAGCAAUCUGGCUCUUUCUUCAGCUAUUAUCAAUCACACCUAUAAAUGAAUGGCUUUUGAAGGGCCUGCAGACAGUAGGCUGCAUGCCACCUCCUGUGUCUUCUGCAGUAAUUUUAACCAAAGCUGUUGGUGGAAAUGAGGCAGCUGCUAUAUUUAAUUCAGCCUUUGGAAGUUUUUUGGGCAUUGUUAUAACUCCACUGCUGCUUCUACUUUUUCUUGGAUCAUCCUCCUCUGUGCCUUUUACAUCUAUAUUCUCGCAGCUGUUUAUGACUGUUGUAGUCCCUCUUAUUAUUGGACAGAUUGUCCGAAGAUACAUCAAGGAUUGGCUGGAAAGGAAGAAGCCUCCAUUUGGUGCUAUCAGCAGCUGCAUGCUCUUGAUGAUCAUCUACACAACAUUCUGUGAUACUUUUGCCAAUCCAAAUAUUGAUCUUGAUAAAUUUAGCUUGAUUAUCAUAGUGUUUAUAAUAUUUUCUGUUCAGCUGAGCUUCAUGUUUUUGACUUUCCUCUUCUCUACAAGGAAUAACUCUGGUUUCACACCAGCAGACACAGUGGCUAUCAUCUUCUGUUCCACACACAAAUCGCUCACCCUGGGGAUUCCAAUGUUGAAGAUAAUGUUUGCAGGAUACGAGCACCUGUCCUUAAUUUCCGUCCCCUUACUCAUCUAUCAUCCUGCUCAGAUUCUUCUUGGCAGUCUGUUGGUAUCAACAAUAAAAUCUUGGAUGGUUUCUAGGCAAAAGGCACUGAAGUUAACAAGGCAGCCCAAAGCACCCGUGAAGGUAUAACGAUGGAGGUGGCCUGGGUCACAGUGAAUGUAUAUAUGUACUAUACUGUACACACAGACAAUUGAGACAACUGGGUAUCUGUUAAUGUUGCUUCAGUGCAUAUUUUAUUUUUAUAUAUACUUAUAUAUAUAUAUUAAAAGGAUACCUGUAUAAGUGCCUUACAAAUGCAUUUUUGGCAAAAACAUUGUUUCUAGAAGCCACUUUGAUGGUUACUGCAAGAGGUUGUACAGUAUUUUGGAGUCCUUUAGUUUUUAUUUUUCUAGCAGAGUGAAUGGUCAUAACUAACAGCUGUGUUUCUUCCAUUGCCUCUGCUUUGAAGCCAGGGUGCACUAGCUCUAAGUUUCUGUUUUAAACUAGCCCAAAUGACCAGAAGCCUAUUUCACUGCUGGCUAACCCUGAAGAACAGCUUUUGGAACAUUUUUUUCAAGAUUGACUUGAAUUCGUGUGCGAUUCUGUUACACUUCCUAGUCAUAUGACUGUGACAUGCCUUUUUCUUCUGAGUUUGUGUAUUCUCAGCAUGGGGCCAUCCAUUGGAUAGAAGCUGAGAAGCAUGAAUUAUUUGCAUUUGUUGACACAGUUGUCUAGACAUUCCUUCAAAGUUAAUGGUUUUUCAAGAAAAUUCUUUCAAUUCUACUGUAUGAUAUUGUGCCAUUGUAUAUCUUAAAUUCCUCAUAAGCUUCUUCAAAGAAAUGGUCUGGUGCUUGGGUUAUGAGUGAAGUAUUUGUGUUUGCAGCGAGGACAUCUUUCAUAAUUUACACCAGAAGAACACAUUUUUUGUUUUUCUGUUUUCUUUUCUUUCCCCCAGCGCAAUGCAUAGAGAUCUGUAGUGACAGAAUUUAGGAUGCUCAUAUUUAAACAGAGUCCUUAGUAAACCAAGUUAAGUUUUCUUUACUACUGUAUUGGUAAUGAAUAACAGCUUGUGCGGACAAGAAAGUUGACGAUUAUUUUUUGCCAAUUAAAAGGAACCUUCUAGGAACAAGAACACUAUCUUAGUUAAUCUGAUAAUUAAUCAGAACUUUUUUAAAAAAUCAAGUGUUGCUAUUUGUAGUCAUAUUAUUAAAAAAGGAUAUGAAAUACUAUUUGUACAAGUAAAGAGAAAGAAACACAGGCAUAUGCUUAAACAUGCAGCCAGCCCUGCAUCUUAUCCAAUAGAUUAAGAUUUCAGAAGAGUGCAGUAGUCUGGACUCUUGAGGUGUACCCAUCUGCAAAAAUUGUGCUGGCAAUUGUGCAUUAAAACAUUAAAAGGAAUGAAAGAAAUAGGUCAAACAGGGAUUGACUUAAUUGCAGAAGUGUCUGUGUGUCAUGGUUAACAUUGCAUUCAUUUGCACCAUUAAAUGCAAACACCUAGGAACAGAUCUUUAGCAGGUGUAAAUUAUCAUAGUGCUGAUAACACUAUAACUAUUUAUACAAGCCAAAUAUCUUUUCUAUGAAAUAGGCACAUGCAACUCAUCCCUUUACCUUAAUGAAAAAAAAUCGUGUAUGUUUUAUCUAGUCUGUUAUUCCUAAUUUAACAAGAAGAAAGUAAUUUGGUACCAAUCAGCAGUGCUUUAACUGAUGGUCAGUGCAAAGCUGGUCUGUCGCCACCUAUGAGAAAUUAUCGGGGUUGAUAGUGACAUCUUGUUCAAAAUCAUCAUCACCAGUUGUAAGGAACUGCCUAACAAAGGUAUGUGAUGUGGUAAUGUAUUGAAUUCUCUUCUUUCCACGGAGAGGAAUCGAACUGGGCAUGCUGAGCUUGCGUGAGGGCUGAGCGGCACCAUCUGCCACCAGUCCGCUCCAGUGUUGUGCUCUGUUCUCACCAGCUGGUGGUGCAAAGGGCAGCCGGCAGUGGGCUCGCAGUAUGGAUCAGUGUAUCCCUGGAGAGCAUACGUGGAUCCAGGAACAGGCCAGCCUGAGAGGUAACGGGAGAGAAUAGCAUGUAUGUUCUUGGCCCAAAUUAAAGGUUCCCCUUAAGCAGGCUACCAGAAACUGGCUCCAUGUCAAAAUUCCUGUCCGUGCUUAAAAACCCUGAUUGUAGCAGAGGGCCCGGAUGCAGGACUAUUUGCCUCUGUUCUGUUUCCACGAAUCUGCCCUGAACUUCCAGAGCAUAUAAGGAUCUGAUCUCAAUCCCACUGAAAUCUGUGAAUCAUUCUGUUGGUUUUAAAUGGCAAAGGAGUAGGCCUAAGGAGAAUGCUGGGUUUUGUUUGUUUGUUUAAAUAAACAGGAAGAGGUCGAGCAUAGAAUUACUUCUUCCACUUCUGUGGUUGUAUCGAUGCUAAAUGGUCAAUACACUGCAAAUACUCUUACUGAGCUACCUCUGAGUACUGAAUCUCCCAUUUUCAGUACAUCCAACAACUUGCUUAGAUUCCAUGGGAAACAUCCAUUUUUUCUUUGUUAAAUAUUUUCUGUGCUUAAGACUAUUUCAAACUGUUUUAAGAGACAGUUUUGUUAGAUCAUUGACAAAGUCAUUGCUGAUUUCUUGGGACAUCCUAAAUGUUGCAUAGAUUUUUCUUAAACCUAAAUGAAUGUUGGAGGUGUUGAUCUGAAGGGAAUAUAAAGCAAAACUGAAAUACAUUUUUAAAUACUUAAUGAAACUUAAUUAUUCAUAUCAAUUCUGUUAUGUUUGAAGACUGCUGUUAGUUUUAUGCUUUCCUAUUGUGCAUAUGUCUUUAAUAAACAGAAUGAUUUUGAAUU